UUAUUGAAGUCUCUAUCUGCAUUUCCCUGGAUUCACGGUCAUUUAUUGGAAACAGCUUGUUGGAGUCGCACACCAGUUGAGAACCGAAUGCAGAAGUUUUGAAUAUUCGCUAUCAUUUGGAGAGCGAACACAGAGCAACUUAGUUUUCAGAUCGAAGUGGUCUAUUCGGUGUGCCAAACACAAAGGGUAGAAAACAUAACAAAGCUCUAAGGUAGAGACUGUCAUAUUUCUCUUUUCCUGAAAGCGCUGUGAAGUGCAAAUAACAAAUAAUACUAUACUGUUCCCGCGUUAUUGUUCGUGCAAAAUGCAGGUGGCUACGUUUUUGGAAGCUCUUGGAACAUUUGCCGUUGCGUUCUCUCUCGUGUAUUGUGCACCCGUGAACGAAAAGGAGAAUAAACAUAAAGACAAAUUUGUCUCUGAACAACACAACAGAAACCCGCCUCUGCCGUCUGGAAGUUUGGAGGAAACUGAAUUAAAAAAGCUUCCUAAAGCUAAGCUAACUCACCAGGCUGAUCCAGUGGACAAGACAAAGAAAGUUAAAUCCAAGGGCAAAAGCAAAGAUAUACUGGAGACUUAUCAGCUUUCUCCGUCCACGUACGUUGAUUUUAGUCCACGAGCUGUCGCAGAAUUUCUUCUGGGCACACAGGACUUCGAAGGGUUCUUUGCAGCUUUGGAGGAUCUUCAGAAUGCUUCCGUGAUGAGCCCUAAGGAAGUUGAGCUGUACAAAGAGCGUGUUGCGUGGGAAUACGUUAAAGCACUACAGGACGAGGAAAAUUACAUGAAAUUGGCUUUCUGGCCUUCGUUCGGUAGAUCCCAAGCCAGAACUCCGAGACCACCAAAGCAUCAAGCAUUAGCCGAAAUGUAUCCCACUGUGCCAGAUCAAGAUAAGAAAGACGGCAAGCCUCUACCGACCAAGCCAACCACAGAUAUUAAACAGGAGGAAGUCAGCACUGAUGACACUUCCACAGACGGUAACGAUGGCGGACAGCUGGGAACCAAAAUUGGCAAAGUCCCUCCUUCCUUGGUUCCUAAUGAAAUUGCGCAGAGACUGAUGAAUGAUUAUGCACUGGAAGACCAGAUCAUCAACGCUCUCCUCUAUGACUGGCUGACAGGAAAGAUAAGGAGAGGUGAAAAGAACCCGGUGCUGUCUUUUGACGACUUUUUGCAAUAUUUACAAGCCGAAACGCAGUCAGCUAGACAACGUCAUAAAGAUGACGUGGCAAGGGUCAUGGAACUGCUGACUGAUGCGUUGGUUUCUGAGUAUAAAGAGGGGGUGCCUCUACCAGAAGCGGAGGAAGGGGGAUCAGACACCAAAGUGAAAGCUCAAAAAGAAAGUAAACAAGUCAAUGGCAACAAGGCAAACCAAGAUGCAAUGAAGAAGACAACAGAUAAGAAACACACAGAACCUCAUAACAAGAAGGAAUAAGGAGAUGACCCCUUAGAGGAGCAGCGCAAUAUGUGCCCACUCUACUUAUCGAUCGUUAGACUCGGUGCACCCGUUUUCUUCCCUGAGCAACACGAGAACGCCUAUUUGUGUAAACAGGUUAUUCGAAUCAUGCAUGCAUAAGACUGGAUGUACCUACUGCCACAUACCUGUGAAUUCUGACAGCUUUUGACUUCCCAAGAUUACCAGGCGCCUUAUCGACUUGAGGGACAAUAAGUCAUAUUUAAAAUACUAUACCAACGUGGGAGUAUGCAUUAACGCGACUCCUCUAAUUACAAUGGGACCGGGGUAAAUGUUCUUUAGUCAGACCCACGGCUUUUUGUUGCGUUAUUAUAUAAAAAAUAUAUCGAAACAAUCGGGAUCAUUAUUAAAUUGCUUUUCAAUACUGCGCGGUGUAUAAUCCCGCCUACUUUAGGUCAACCUACGCUGUAUAGAUUACCAGAAAGAAAGCCUCAGUGUUUCCAUCACAGAAAGUAGAUUAAUUCUAUGUUUGGAAUUCAUAAGAGCAAGCAAUAAUUCUAUGGCAAAUGAACCACACCCUGAAUAACAGAGUCUACUGAGAACUUCUUUGAAUGGCGUCCUUGUUCGCUCUCUACAACUAUGGGUAAUGGUGGUUUGGGGGUGCUUCGAAGUACAAAAUAGUCGCUGAAAUUCAGGGUGAUGGACCAACACUUACAAUCAUGAUAUUUAGCAAGUUUUUCGUGACACGUGGGAUUACUGGGUGACUGCAGGCUAGUUCACAUUACAUCAAUACAGUGUUAACGUCUAUAUCUAAUUACUGUAUACACUUAUUCCACUCUCC